AUGUGCGGCAUCUUUGCUUACCUGAACUACCAUGUUCCCCGGACGAGGCGGGAGAUCCUGGAGACCCUCAUCAAGGGGCUGCAGCGCCUGGAGUACCGGGGCUAUGACUCUGCAGGUGUGGGACUGGACGGUGGAAAUGACAAAGACUGGGAAGCCAAUGCUUGCAAAAUCCACAUUAUCAAGCAGACGGGGAAAGUGAAGGCUCUGGAUGAAGAGGUUCACAAGCAACAGGACAUGGAUCUGGACAUCGAGUUUGACGUUCACCUGGGGAUCGCCCACACGCGCUGGGCCACGCACGGGGAGCCCAACCCUGUCAACACCCACCCGCAGCGCUCCGACAAGAACAAUGAGUUCAUCGUCAUCCACAACGGCAUCAUCACCAACUACAAGGACCUGCAGAAAUUCCUGGAGAGCAAGGGCUACGACUUCGAGUCGGAGACGGACACGGAGAGCAUCGUCAAGCUGGUCAAGUACAUGUACGACAACCGCGACAGCGACGACAUCAGCUUCUCCACGCUGGUGGAGAGAGUCAUCCAGCAGCUGGAAGGUGCUUUUGCCCUUGUGUUCAAGAGUGUUCAUUACCCUGGGCAGGCAGUUGGUACCAGGCGAGGCAGCCCCUUGCUGAUCGGCGUGCGCAGCGAGCACAAGCUCUCCACCGACCACAUCCCCAUCCUGUACCGCACAGGGAAAGACAAGAAGGGAAGCUGCAACCUGUCCCGAGUGGACAGCACCACCUGCCUCUUCCCCGUGGAGGAGAAAGCUGUGGAAUAUUACUUUGCCUCUGAUGCCAGCGCUGUCAUCGAGCACACCAACCGUGUCAUUUUCCUGGAGGAUGAUGACGUGGCGGCCGUGGUGGACGGGCGUCUGUCCAUCCACCGCGUCAAGCGCACGGCCGGCGACCACCCGGGCCGGGCUGUGCAGACCCUGCAGAUGGAGCUGCAGCAGAUCAUGAAGGGAAACUUCAGCUCAUUCAUGCAGAAGGAAAUAUUUGAACAGCCAGAAUCUGUUGUUAACACCAUGAGAGGAAGGGUCAACUUUGAUGACUACACUGUGAACCUGGGUGGGCUGAAGGAUCACAUCAAGGAGAUCCAGAGGUGUCGGCGCUUGAUCCUCAUUGCCUGUGGCACAAGUUACCACGCAGGAGUGGCAACCCGGCAGGUGCUGGAGGAGCUGACGGAGUUACCUGUGAUGGUGGAGCUGGCCAGUGACUUCCUGGACAGGAACACCCCGGUGUUCAGGGACGACGUCUGCUUCUUCCUCAGCCAGUCAGGGGAGACAGCAGACACCCUGAUGUGCCUUCGCUACUGCAAGGAGAGGGGAGCCCUGACCGUGGGCAUCACCAACACCGUGGGCAGCUCCAUCUCGCGCGAGACCGACUGCGGCGUGCACAUCAACGCGGGCCCCGAGAUCGGCGUGGCCAGCACCAAGGCCUACACCAGCCAGUUCGUGUCCCUGGUGAUGUUUGCCCUGAUGAUGUGUGACGACAGGAUCUCCAUGCAGGAGCGGCGCAAGGAGAUCAUGCGGGGGCUGAAGGGGCUGCCAGACUUGAUUAAAGAAGUGCUGAGCAUGGAUGAUGAGAUCCAGAAGCUGGCCACAGAGCUGUACCACCAGAAGUCUGUCCUCAUCAUGGGACGUGGCUACCACUACGCCACGUGUCUGGAGGGAGCCUUGAAAAUUAAAGAAAUCACCUACAUGCACUCGGAAGGCAUCCUGGCCGGGGAGCUGAAGCACGGCCCCCUGGCCCUGGUGGACAAGCUCAUGCCUGUGAUCAUGAUCAUCAUGAGAGACCACACCUAUGCCAAGUGCCAGAACGCUCUCCAGCAGGUCAUUGCACGGCAGGGCCGGCCUGUGGUGAUCUGUGACAAGGAGGACAUCGAGACCAUCAAGAACAACAAGAGAACAAUCAAAGUUCCCCACUCAGUGGACUGUCUGCAGGGGAUCCUGAGCGUGAUCCCCCUCCAGCUGCUGGCCUUCCACCUGGCCGUGCUCAGGGGCUAUGAUGUUGAUUUUCCAAGAAAUCUGGCCAAGUCCGUAACUGUAGAGUGAAAGAUCAUCUGACUCAUAGGGGCAAAGGGGAAUUAAAUGAAAGACUUUUUUUGGUACCAAAAUAACUCGAUUUUAAAGCCCCCUAGGUAAAUCUUAUUUUGGUAAAUUGUUGUUUGUGUAUAAGAUCACCAUAAUUCCAUUACAUUAGUGAUUGUCCAAUCGAUUCCACACGCUAUGUCGACAGCUCUGGGUUUUUUUGAUCAAUAGACUUCCAUGGAAGAUGUUAAAAGGUUUUCCUUAAAGAUUGCUGAGUCUUCUAGGUAAGGGGCCCUCCACUUUCCUCUGAGCUGAUGUCAUUGUCUCUUACCCCUUGUGGCUCAUUCCAGUCACUGACGAGAAACCUCUGAAGGAACUGGCAAUGCCCUGCCAUGCUCCCAGCAGGACACCAGAACACACAGCUGGAGCAGCAGCUGCUCCUGCUCAUGCUUGUGCAGAUAUUUUAUCAGUGAAUGAAGCUGCAGGCAAGCCUUUGGGGUAAAUUCCUGCCUCAGGUGCAAAAGGGAAUUCAGCUGAGCUCACCAGGGCACUGCCAGGGAGGUGAUGCUGCUGCAGAAGGGUUUGAGCUGUGCCAAAAACAGAGCAAGUGACAAUCUCGGUGCUGUGGGACCCAGCUGGGGCUGGGAGCUCUGGGCUGUGGCCAAAGGAGUGACCAGAGCUCGCUCUGAGCUGCUGCUGCUGCUGCUGCUGGUGUUUGGGGCUUUUUAAAACAAGUGGAAGUUUUCCUGUGCUGAGGAUUUUCCCCUUGAACUGAACCUGAGUGACCCAGCUGUGCACACACCUGAAGGGGAUAAAAAGGCUCCAUAAACAUGGCAGAAAUAAAUACCUUGGUAAUAUUUCUGUAACAAGCUUGAGGAGAAUCAAAAAUGACACAGGAAAUAGAUCUUCAGAACUGAAAACCUGACUUUUUCAGAGUCAUCAAAGGGCAGUUGUGAUGUAUUUCCCAAUGUGAAAAGGUGAAUUUCCUCCCAUCCUGCUGGGUUUUGAAUUAGCUUUACACAGGCACUGUCAAACCAUGCCACAAGGUACAAAACGGUGCUGGUGAAUAUUCCAGGUCAUUCACUGCCCCUGAAAAAUGGCUUUAGCAAAUGCAGUGCUUGGGGACUGCCCAGUGCCCUGUCAGCCCCUGGCACAGGGGACCACAGCUGCCCUGAGCAAGCUAUUCCCAAAUUCUGUGGCCAUUCUGCUUUGUAUAAACCCACAGGAACUAUUUCACUUCAGUUCAGUGUCAGCUGGAGGCUCAGUUUCACGAUGAGAAUGAAAUGCUGCGUGCCUGGAAGCAGCCUCUCAAAGCCAGUGUGUGUGUUUAUUAAUCUGUCAUCUGCAGAUUUCAUUGAUGAACACCUUGUGCUGCCAGUGUCUGUUUAAGAACAAAGUAGGAAAUGCUGCAUUUUAGUUCAGCCAGUGCUGUGUGUGAGGCCUGGGGCAGCUGUGCCUCUGCCUAAACGUGACCUGCAGCCCUUCCUGCUUCACUGGAGGAUGGUGAUUGUCCUGAAGGGGAAAACAAGGCUUGUGCAAUGCUCACAGGUGGGGGACAGCUCCUCCUCCUCCUCCUCUUCCUCCUCCUCCUCCUCCUCCUCCCCCAGCAGCUUUGCUCAAGAGCCCCUGUGCAGGGCUGGCUGCAGGCUGGGCUCCCCUGGCUGCACAGGGAUGUGCAGUGUCCAUCCUCUGUUCUCAGAACAGAAUCCCACCUCAAACAGCCCCUCAGGGGAAUUGUGGAACUCCCUUUUCCUGCAGCCAGCGCUGCUUUUACCCCGCCUUGCACCGAGGGCAGGGGGCAAACACCCCCUGAGCACGAGCUGCUGCUCAAUCCAGGUCUGUUAGUGCAGGCUGUUUGUGGAAGUUGUGCACAAAGAGGACCAAAGAGCAGGAGGCUGAGUUAGAAAUGCCCAGUCUGGCAGUGCAGCUCGUGCUGGGUUUGUGCUGUGCCACACAAAUCCUCGUUCCUCGUAGCUGGAGGCACUGGUGGGCCAGGGGAGCAGGCAGUGCCAGCCCUGCUCCUGCCUGGAGUGUCAAACCCUGCCUGCUGCAGGGAGCCUGGGGGAUGCUGAGGGCUCAGCCUCACAGGAUGCUCUGGAGCACACCUGCAUGAAGAAUUCCUCUGCUGAGCGUGGCAGGGAACCCGUUCAGCAUCUCGUUGUUGUUGUUGUUGUUGUUGUUGCCAUGCAGUGUGAAGUGAGAAUGUACAAAGGACUCUUUUUAGCUUUCCUUACCUCAUUCUGUCCACGUGUUGCAUUUCCAUGAACAGAUGAUGUUUCUCUUUUCCUUAGAAAACUCUUAGGAUGUCUCGUGGUAUUUAUUAACAGCCAGUCAGUCUUCUGCUCUCCCAAAUGAAUGUUUUGCUUACUGAGCCAGUGAAAUUCUCUCCUUCCUCACUGAGGUGUUGAAAAACUCAGUAGCCCUUUCUCUAAAACUGAGCCACAGGUAAAUACAAAAUACAGAUCAAGGCCUUUGCCAUCUGGAAUAGCAGCUUCUAUUCCUGCCUGCUUUGGUUCAUUUGGUGUAACCUCCUCACCUGCAGAGACUCAGAGGGGAGCCCUGAGCUCUUGGGGGGGUUUGAAUUACCAAAUUAAAUUUAAUUACCAAAUUUAAUUACCAAAGACCCAGCCCAGCACACGUCUCUGCCCAGACAGAUUCCGCACACGUGGAAAUUGAGCUGCACAUGCAAUAUGCUGCAGACAGAAAGGUUUUUUCCCCUCCCUGGCUCUCACAGAAGGGCUGUGGGCAGUUUUUUCCCCAGAUUUGUCACCAGAGCCCAUCAGUGCCUGGGCAGGGCCAUCUCCUGGGUGAGGUGGGGACACCCUGUGCUGGGUCAGGCUCAACCCCCCGUGCUGAGAGAGCCAAAAAUCACCCAGAGCAUUUCCCAGCCUCGUGGGAUGGAGCUCGUGGGCCUCACACAGAACCCCCAGCCUGGAGCCUUGAGCCCAGCCCAGACACAGAGGGGUGCUUGAGCUGCAGAGGGAAGCCUUCAAAGGCACAAAUCAAACCCACACCAGAGCAGAACUGGCCCUGGCUGUCCCCAGGAGUCCCUGAUGCCACAAGCAAGGUGGCUGUGUUGGAUGGAGGGACUGAAGCAGCUUCAGUAGCACACUGGUGUUUAGCUGAUUUUAGAUCCUACCUGAAUGUACCAAGCUUGCCUCAAAGCAGGAGUCCCUUCUCUUCACCAGAAGCAGGAAGAAGAAACAGAAGUAUUUGGGUUGAAAACAAAAAAAAAAA